AUGGCCAUUGCUGGCGCCCAGCGCAAACAGGUCCUCAAGGUCUUGAUGAUCUCACUGCUGCUGGACCUGAUCUCAUUUACCUUCAUUCUACCGCUCUUCCCGUCUCUACUUUCAUUCUACCGCGCCCAAGAUCCAUCCCCCGACUCCCUCCUGAACCGCAUCUUCCACUACCUCAACGCUUACAAGAACGCCUUUGCGCGCCCGAUCGACUCUCGCUAUGACAUUGUUCUCCUCGGCGGAGCUCUCGGCUCUCUUUUCUCUCUUCUCCAAGCCUUCGCGGCACCUGUGAUCGGUCGUCUCUCGGAUCGCCAUGGCCGACGCCGCGCCUUGUUGACCGCAAUGGUCGGAAAUAUAUGUAGUGUGGCACUCUGGGUGUCAGCAAGAGACUUUCGGACCUUUCUCGCCAGUCGAGUCGUCGGUGGUCUCAGUGAGGCAAAUGUCCAGCUUGCCAAUGCCAUUGUCGCCGAUGUCACGGAUGAAACGCGCCGCGGUGCGUCGAUGGCGUUGGUGGGCGCCUGCUUCAGCAUUGCGUUUACCUUUGGACCGAUGAUGGGUGCCGCGCUGAGUACCGUCGACAUUGUCGCGGCCAAUCCGUUCAUGACAGCGGCCCUGGUCUCGCUAGUUCUUGUCGUACUCGAAACGACAUAUCUCUGGGCUUGUUUACCAGAGACUCAUCCUCGGCUGACGACUUUGCAGCAAGAGGGGUCAACUGGCAGCAACAAGGCCGAAGCGUCUAACAAACAUCCUGCAUCCCAAGCCGGGCUUGCAAAGAGCGCUGCUCAUCAGCACACCAAUCGCCCAGCCCUGCUGAACGCGAUCCACUUCCUGUUCCUCUUACCUUUCUCCGGACUGGAAUUCUCCCUGCCUUUCCUGACCGCGACCCUCUACGCCGGCACCUCAACCGCCAGCCCCGCGGCACUGAACGGCCGCCUUCUCUCUCUCAUGGGACUAAUCGCAUCCCUUCUCCAAGGCACGGUCGUCCGCCGCCUCCCACCGCUCGUCACCGUUCGAGCCGGCGUCGUCGCCUGCGCGCUGUCAUUCUUCUGUCUGGCGCACGUCUCAUCUCCAUCCGGUCUCUAUGCCGCGGGCGGUUUAUUGGCCAUCACCAGCGCAACGGUCGUCACUGGCUUGAAUAGUCUGGGCAGUCUUGAAGCUCGCGAGGCCGACCGGGGAGCGGUCAUGGGGAGACUUCGUGGGUGGGGACAAGCGGGACGCGCGGCUGGACCGAUCUUGUUCUGUUCCUUGUUCUGGUGGGCGGGACGUGAGGCGGCGUAUACUGUUGGUGGAAUGGCCAUGUCCGGGGUUGCGCUGGUGGUCUUUGCGUUGUUGAAAUCGCCCUCGCUGCAGGUGAAGGUCGAUUAG